UAGAAAAAUGUUUCGUUCAUCGGCCGGUGAAAAGACUCAGUCACAAGCAACAACACCCGACUUGGAUGACUCCAUUAGUUUUUCCGAUGAUGCCAAUCCUGAUGUAGACGUUGUCGAUGUCGAUGUUGAAUCGGUGGACCAAAAACCACAUUUUUUAGACUAUGAUGCCAUACCACCACCCGAUUUUAGAACACUUGACAGAGCCAUGAAUUUUGGCAAUGCGACCAAAUCCAGCAACACCACCAAUCACCCUCAAAACACAAAUAAUUGCAGUGGUAGCGGCAGUGGUGAACAACUCAAAAUGGAUAAAAAAUUUGAAAAGGAUGAAAUAAGUGAUUACGAACUGGCUGCUAGUGGUUAUACCAAGAAAGAAUUUACCCAAGAUGAUAAUACCCUGAAUUUGAAUAUAUCUAUGCAAAGUUCAUCGGCUUGUGGUAAACCACGUAAACAUUUCUUAGAUGAAAAUCCCAUACCUCCCGAUUACAUGAUCAACGAACAUCAGUUGCGCGAACAUCGCAGUUUGGAUAGAAACUUUGAACGUCACAAUGAACAACGUUCUGCCCUGGAUUUGCAUGGCAACUUGCCAGGCUUCAGAUCUUCCCGUGAACGUUACAAAGAUGUACCGCCAAUGGCACGAUUACCCAAAGGCCUGGCAUGGACUCAAAGUUUGACAGUCGCUAUGAAGUUGAAUGUGUCUAUUCUCUGCUGUCCAUGUUUGGGUUCCAAUGACCCGCUGGAAAUGGCCAAGAAAUUCCAUGAGCUCUCCAAAAAUCCUGAAACUUGUAAUACCUUACGUAGAUCAGGUUGUAUACCAUUGUUAGUGCAAAUAAUUCAUGCCGACGGUACCGAUGAACCGAGAAAAUGGGCGGGCAUGGCCCUGCAUAAUGUAGUACACUCACAUCCAGAUGAAAAGUCAGGACGCAGAGAGGCCAAAGUCUUACGGCUAUUGGAUCAAAUAAUGGAUUAUUGCAACUUUUUGCGUACGCUCUUGCAAAGUGGUGGCGAAGCCAUUGCCGACGACGCGGACCGUCAUCCUUUGGCUGCCAUGUCCUCCCUCAUGAAGGUUAGUUUCGAUGAAGAACAUCGUCAUGCCAUGUGCGAGUUAGGUGCUUUGCAAGCCAUUCCCAGUUUAGUGCACUUGGAUCAUGCUGUGCAUGGUCCAAAGCCAGAAAAUCAAUGCUGCAACUCGUUGAGACGGUUCGCCUUGAUGGCCUUAACCAAUCUCACAUUUGGCGAUGAAAACAAUAAAGCCUUGCUCUGCAGUCAAAAGCUGUUUAUGGAAGCGCUGGUCGCUCAACUGGACUGUGCACCCGAUGAUUUGCUACAAGUGACGGCAAGCGUAUUGCGCAACCUAUCCUGGAGGGCAGAUGCUCAAAUGAAGGCGGUACUAAAUGAAAUUGGAACUGUGACGGCUUUAGCCAAGGCAGCCAUGAAGAAUAAAUGUGAGAAUACCCUAAAAGCCAUACUGUCGGCAUUGUGGAAUCUAUCGGCGCAUUGCAGCACAAACAAAGCAGAAUUUUGUGCAGGAGGGGCAUUAUCCUUCAUUGUGCGCAUGCUAACCUACGAGGGUCCCAGUAAAACCUUGAAAAUUAUUGAAAAUGCUGGUGGCAUUUUGAGAAAUGUCUCCUCGCACAUUGCGGUGCGCGAGGAUUACCGCCAAAUCUUGAGGGAACACAAUUGCCUGUCGAUUCUGCUGCAGCAACUGAAAUCGGAAAGUCUAACUGUGGUAAGCAAUUCUUGUGGUACUCUGUGGAAUUUGUCGGCACGUUGUCCCGAAGAUCAGAGGUUUCUGUGGGAUAAUGGUGCGGUGCCCAUGUUGAGGUCCCUAAUACACUCCAAACAUGCCAUGAUCUCUGAGGGCAGUGCCUGUGCUCUGAAAAAUCUCUUGAAUUUUCGUCCAUCUGCACAGAAUACCAACCAUUUGGACCCAAUUGCCAGAUCAUUAAAUUUGAAAAAAUUACCAACUCUCAAUGUACGAAAGCAAAAGGCAUUGGAGCAGGAGUUGGGAGCUGCUUCCAAGAAACACAGUGAAACCUGUGAUAAUCUAGAUACAGUGAAUCCAAAAGAUCGGCCAACAUAUGAUGCUACAGCUACUACCGGCUCAAGUGGUUCUUCAUCGAUGUUGCACAGACAUCGUUUUCCUUUACAUGCCGGGGCGCUGGGAUCCAUGGUAAUGGGCGGUGGUGCUUCAUUCUGGUCGUUAACCCGCUCAGCUAUGCUUACCAAGAGUGAAAGUCGUGAUUCCGUCUUCUCUGCCAAAUCAGAUGGAGUUGUUUACGAUCAACUUAUGAGAUCUCAUUCGGCAUCCGAUGCCAAUCGUAAAUUGCACCAUGCAUCAUCGGCAAGACCUCCUCCAUCGGCCAGCGCCGUAUAUGCUCUACCCCGGGAUGUUGAACCCGCCGAGGAACAGCCAAUUGAUUACGCCCAGAAAUAUACCGAACACAUAAGUAAACAUGGAAACUCCAGAGAGGAUCCUGAAAAUAAUGCAGCUACAUACCAGGAAACUGACUUAGACCAGCCAACAGAUUUUAGUCUACGCUAUGCUGAAAACCAAUUGGAAUCAGAUAUAGAUUUGUCACCGCCAUCUGGACAAAAUGAUAAUGUACCGCAAGACGUUAACCCAGCUAAUGCCGUCAACGGCCCAGCCCGUUCUAAAAACCAAACAGAAGGCAGCGAAAUACUGCUUAUAUUGGAGGACAGUGUCAAAUGCUAUCAAACCGAAGAUACUCCAUAUGUUAUAUCAAAUGCAGCUUCCGUAACAGAUUUAAGAUCUGUUCAAACUUCUGAUAAAAACGAGGAAAAUGAUUUACCCACAGGCCUGGAGAAUCCGGAAACUCCAGCUUCAAUGCAGGGGUGGGAGGUGUUGGUCAUAUGCCAACACCCAGUAAAUUAUUGUGAAGAAGGUACACCCGGAUACUUCAGUCGUUAUGAGUCGUUGAGCAGUUUAGAUGAAUCACCACCCCAGCCAGAGCACAAUACAACAACCAAAGAAAGACAUGAAGGAUCGAAUUCUCCACCAGAGCCACCAUCGUCAUCGACACUGGCUGGCCCAGCACAACCACAAAUUAAUUCCGCCUUAGAAACGCCACUUAUGUUUUCACGGCGUUCAUCAAUGGAUUCCCUGGCCGAGGAAGAUGUUGGGCCCUUGGACGACAAAAGUUCAGUGGUUAGUGAUUUCAGUCGUUUGGCUAGCGGUGUUAUAUCUCCAUCGGAAAUUCCCGAUUCACCAACACAAAGUAUGCCACAGUCACCUCGACGGAACUCAAAUACCAGUAAUAGUCAAGGGCAAGUCUGUUUCUCUGGCGGUGCUUCCCCCAAUGUACAAAGAACUUCGCAUAACCGCCCCGGCGAUAAUACCAGUAAACGUUGCCUGCGCAGUGUUUUUGAAGAUGACAUCAGCACAUUUCAUGUCGAAAAUACACCUGCUCAAUUCUCAACUGCCACGAGUUUGAGUAACCUCUCCAUGAUGGACGAAGAAGCAUCAUCCACCAACCUAUCUCCACCCCAACCGCAACCAACAGCUGCCACAACAACCAAUACCAUAUCAGAGGGUGAAGAGGAAGAGGAUGGCAAUACAAACAACAAUGAUGAUUUAUUAUUGGCAUCCUGCAUCAACAUGGGUAUGAAUAGAGCUGCAGCACCCUCAAUGUAUUCCCAACAUAACGACAACAGCUCCUCGAUAAAUAAUCCAGUUAGUGGUGGUAUGAUGGCUCAAGAUGAACCUAAGCAAUAUUACACCGAGGAUACACCAGCAUUGUUGUCCAAAGUCGGCAGCAAUACAAAUCUUUCGGCCAUAUCACUCGGUUCCAGUAAUAAUGAUGCCAAAGACGAUACCGUCUACGAGACAAUAGGUAAUUCCGUUGCUAGAAAUCAUCACCAAUCGAUCAAUAGGCGUUCUUUGAAUUUAUCCGAUGACAUGUCAUCGAAUGCCUCGGAAAGUGGUGCUGCUGGCAUUGAUAUCCUCCAGCAAUGCAUUCGUGAAGGUAUGCAAAAGUCUGCUUCAGCCAAAGAAAAACCUAAAAUAUCUGAGACACCAGCAGCCAGUCACCGAUCAUUGCCGCCCAGUGUCAAUAAUAUCGAUCCCAUUGCCAUGUUGAGACGUGGUGGUAAUGUUUUGCCCCCCUAUCUGACAGGCAACGAUGAAAUGAGCAAAUACCGUGUUGAAGACAGUCCAUGCAAUUUUUCGGUAAUGUCUGGUCUUUCCAAUCUUACGGUUGGAUCUAGUCUUGUCGGCCCGGCCUUACUUAUACAUGGCGGAAACUCAGGUGCAACUUCCUCUGGCAAUAACAACAACAGUGAUAACUCCAUGGCGCCCUUAAAUGUAAGGACUUCCCAAAACUCCACGAAGCCACUAUUAAGUGCCGUUGUAGAGGAUGCUCGCAGAGAACCACAGUGGCAAGACGAUUCGUUGAGUUCACUCUCAAUCGAAUCUGAAGAUGAUACCAACUUAUUAAGUCAGGCUAUUGCCGCUGGCUGCAGUAGACCCAAAUCGAAUUUGGGUUUUACCACCAAUUUGACUUCUACGGGCAACCACAAGACCACCCCAUCGUUAUCGUCAUCACAACCGAUACCAAUUAAUGCCGCAACCUCAGCAUCCUCUCUAACAUCUCAAACAACGGCCCGUCAAUUUGAUAAGCCACAACCGCAGCCAAACGGUGCAAAACAACCAAACUAUGGCCCCAUUCUGGCCGGCAAUGAAUCAUAUAGUUCCGUAGACUCCAGUGAUUCCAAUGAUAACCAAUCGAAGUCCCUAUUCGAGCUAUGCAUACUCACGGGAAUGCAUAAGAAUCGAGAAAACAAUAUGGGUGGCGGCAGCAGUUCAUCGUCGCGAAAACAUACACGCAGUUCCCAUUCACACCGGACUCAUAAAAAUGGUCAUAACGAUCAGAAUACCACCCAAUCGAAUCCCAAUUUGAAACAAUUCGAUUCAUUGCCAAUGCAAGGAAAGCAACUUACACCGAAUCGUCAUGUGAGGGAACGCGAUCGAAGGGAUGAGAAACUCUUAAUGGAAUGCAUCAAUACGGGUAUUAUGAAGAAGAUUGGUGAAUCCUGCAAACAACAAAAUCCUCCCUCGUUACUGACCCGUGAAGCCUUGGUUUUGCAUAACAACCAGCCAAAAAACGGGCAGGCUACGUCUGCAGCUGCUCAAAUGGAGGAACUAAUUCGCCCACAAAGUGCCAAAUCCAUGGACAACUCCAGUUUGUCCACAGCUACCAGCAUCAACACCACCACCACCAUCACAGCAGCUCCAGACGUAGAGAAGAACGACAACAUUUCGAACAAUCUGCAGCAAACGACCACCAGCAACAUCAUCAGUCACGACGAAGACAUAAACGAUCAAAGAAAUCCCUUCAACUCGGAAGCGGCGCAGCACAGGAAUCCAGCAGUUCCACCAGACGAAAAUCUUCCAAGUCUCGCGAGCGAUCCAGAGAUAAUGAACGGUAUUGGGUGUAAAUCUGAUGAACCGGAAGAUACUCAAAAUGGUCAAAGUGAUGAGUCUAAUCAGUCAUUUAUAAUGGAGACCACAGUGUCACUAGAAUCACGAACAAAUGAUAAUAGUCCAGAAAAACCUCAGGAAAAUGAAAAGCACAAAGAUCCGGACUUGAUGUUGAAAUCGGUGGAGAGGUUAACUCUAGAGUUUGUCUCCUCGGCCGAACAAUUACGUACUAAUAGCACUGGUCCAGCUAUUAUACAUCAUAACUUUAUCAAUGUCACUGUGGCCAAUGACAGUGCUGGCGAUUGUACAACAACAACAGCUUCGAUUUCCAAUGACACUUGGGAUGAAGACACUUGCCCCAAUGAUGUAAGUUUUCCCAGUGUUAGCAUAUCGGCACCCAAGGUUAUCUCAAUCACCUAUGACGAAGAUGAUGAAGAUCAAGCCACCACAGCCGAUUAUAAGGAGCUAAACGAUUUUGCCGAAAACACACCGAAUAUUGAUGAAUUACCACCUCCCGAUUUAUCUUUAGAUUUCGACAAUAUUGGUGUAAAUCAGGCCAAUGGAAAUGGUUACAAUUAUGAUUCUCAGCCAUCAUCCAUGGACUGUUAUACUGACAAGACGUUGGUCAAUGAAAACGUCUCGUCUACUAAAACAGACAAUGGAGAUGACGGUAAGAAAGACCGGAAAGAUAACCCGGAAUCCGAAAUGGAAAACUCUUCGUGUGGCCUCAAUUUUAAAUUGGGUGGCAUAGUGCAGACAGCUGCCGCUGCUCCAUCUUUGUGCUUCAAUGUGAAUGCAAUGACAAAUUCGACUUUCAUAGCCCAAGAAGCCAGAAAGCUUGCUAACAACUUGCAAGCGCCCGAUACUGAUGGAGAAGAGGAAUUGACCUUUAGCAUUAACAGUCUUGAUCUGGAUAAUAUUAGGCCGCCAUCCGGAAUGGAUUCACUAAAUAUUUCUGGCUAUUAUCAGGAUUCCCAUACACAGCCAAAUUCAUUGCAAAACUCUCCGCAAAUGUAUUUCAAAUCGCCUAAAUUUCCACGAAAAACAUUGCCUGCUGGUUUGGUAGCGCGAAGAGCAUUGGGACAAAUGCCUCCUCAUCUAAGCGGAAGUGCCGAGUCGGUGAAUUCUUCUUGUAAUUUACUGCUGGAUAACAUAAAGCCGCCAAGUUUGAUGGAUGAGCUAUUGGAUUCGAUGAUAAGCGUUUCGAGUAUACAAUCUGAAAUAGCUGAUGACUGUGCGAGCAUGGCCACAACAGUCACUGUAUCGAAUUAUGAAACUGCUAAUGGCGGUGUAACGUUGGGCUGUGAGGAUGGUGAUACCAUUACUUUACGUAGCUACAGCGAAGAUCAACUGCCCCGUGAUGAUGAACAGCAUACCUAUAAUGAUGGAACUAUAACACCAUUACCAUCAGAUUAUGACUUCAGUUCAGCAGAAAGUACACCAAAAAAAUCGUACUCGGCCUCUCCAAGUAUGGGACUAAGAAAUCUGACACCCAAACAAAAGCGACAAGUGGUAAAGGAUCGCUAUCGUACCUACACCAUUGACGGAGAAAUGAGUGAAGAGUUGAGAAGAAAAAUCGAAGAAUCACAAAAAGACGAGACCCUACAAAUUGAAAUAACAAGCUAUGAUGAGAGAAAUGCGACAACCUCAGUGGAGAAUGGAAAGUACGAUGAUGACGAUGGACAGAAACAAGAUAGUGAUUUGCAAAAUACACCACGUAGCCGAAGAAGAUCCAGCCAAGAACGUUAUAGAACUCAAACGAUAUCGUAUUCCGAUUUACAGGCUCAUAUAACUCAAGGAACCAAUUAUACGGACAUAACCUCAAAUUAUACAUUCACCAGUGAUAAUGUUGCAACAUCAGACAAUGAAACGAAUACACGAUUAGAUCAAGAUUUAACCAGUUUGGAAUACGAUCAAAAUUCUGAAACCGAAUCAUGUCAUAAUUUUGAAACAAAACCACAUGUAUUGACCGAUUGUGAGGAGGAACAAGAAUUGGAAGAUGCUGAAAUGGAAAUUGUCGAAAAACAAAGUGUGGUUAGGCCUAGAAUUGUAAUACCUGGUGAAAGUACGGCUAUUAAUGAUGAGAGUACAGAAAACGGCGACGAAGAACAUGCGUCUCCCGUCAAAACAAUUAGAGGGGAAAAACCACAAUAUGUCUCUCCCUAUAGUAUGAAAUUCCAAAAAACCAUUGACACAUCUAAGCCAACAAAAGCACAAGGGCCUACCACAGGCACAGCUACAAAACCUAAUGGACAAUUAAGAAAGCCUAAUGGAGCCUCAGUGGCCUCAACAAAUACAAAAUUGGCCCAGAAAAAACCUCUCAAGGAUGCUGCAAAAGAUAAGGCCCAGGAUGUAGCUGCACCUGUUCCACCUUUGGAACGUCAAGGCACAUUUGUAAAAGAUGAACCAUCUGUGGAUGCAUCAACGGUGCCGGUAGUUGAAACUAGUCCAAAGAAAUCGAAACUAUCAAAGCUGCCAAUGAAACGCCAAUUGUCUUCCUCCAGCAACACAUCGCCACAGAAGACAGCCAACACACGCAAGCUGCCAACAUCAGCCAAUUCUUCUUCUUCAUCAUUAUCAGCCACAAACAAACGCAACUUUGGCGGUUCCAUUACAAAACCUCAACGGGCAAAUAGUAAUGUCAACAUAAGGGUAGCUACGAAUGCUGCCCGCAUAGCGGUAUUAUCAACAAGGGUUUCUACCACCACACCUCCAUCGCGUAGCAAUUCAACAUUGAACUCAGCCAAUGCUGCAGUUACAGCAGCUCAAAAUGCUGCUGCAAAAAUCAAUCAAGCUCAAUCACGUAUUGCUGGCAUUUGGCGUAGAGUGGAUGAGGCAAAGAACAGACAACAAACAACGACAAAAAUCAACAACAACAACACAAAAGGAUCUCAGUUAAGUGGAAAGACAACAACUACGGCACAAGCCGCCUCAUCGCCCCGGCCUGGUACGCUUGUACGUAGCACAACGUUUGAUAACUCACCACCAUUGACUACGGUAGUAGCGGCGAAACCCAAAGCUGGUGUGGGUAAUGUUGCUGCUACUGGACCCGGUAAAUCAAAUGGUGGAUCAGUGGCAUCAACGAAAAUUGCCAUGGCACAAAGACAAAUUUUGGGCAUACGAAAAUAAUUUUUAACAAAGAAAGGUCACGAGGUGAGGGAUUAACUUUGAUUUGAAAUCAUUAAUGGCUAUUUUUUUAAUGUGGAGUAGCAUUAAAUCAGUUUGUUUUAAUCUCGUUAAGCAUUUUUAACAAUAUCAAUUGUGUUUUCUGAAAUAUUUAUACGCAGGUUAUUACAACCUUGUGAUUCAUAUAAAAAAGUAUUACUUGAAUCCAAAGAAUUUCACAUAAAUUGGAAGAAGCAAGCAAGAGCAAUAAAUAAAGUUAAUGAAUUUCUGGAAAAAAUAACAAUACGAAUCAUUUAUCAUUUGUGUAAAACAAAAGUAAUUAUUAAACUAUAAACGUCUCUACAUCCAAGCAACUAGCUGUCAUAAAGAUGUGGUUCAAUGUAUUUUGAAAAAUUUUUUCACAGUCACAUUGAAAGUAUUUUAAAAUUAAAUUAAAAUGCUGCUUAACAUUUCCAACUGACUCUUGUAUGCGACACAAUUUUACAAUUGUUUAUAGUAAACACAAAAACUUUAGACCACCAACAUUUCACUUACAGCUCCUCCACAUAACAAUAAUCGUAAAAUAAACCUGAAAUUAAAACAAAUUAAAUCAUUAAAUGGUUACUAAUUCAGUGUGGUAGUGAAUAUAAAACUUCUUAUAUACAAACUUAUAUCUAUCUACAAACAUACAUAUUAUGCAACGCACAUUUUAUUAAGAGGUAACAAUUACUCAAAGAUGAAAAGACUUGGAUUUUUGCAUAGGAAAUACUGAAGACAAAAAUAUAUUAAAAAAAAAAACACAAGAUAAUGGCGGUAGGGUAGGAUCUAACAUGAAAAUACAAACUUUUUAAACAAUAAAUAUAAAAUCAAAAUAUGUAUAUCUACUGGUCCCUCAGUCCACCCAUUAAGGCCUUCAAAUAAAAUACAAAAUGAAUCAAAUUUGAUUGGUGAACUCCUAAUACGAAAAAAACAUGAAAUGGAAUCCUAACAUAAACAAAUUUAGAAGUAUUAUAUUAAUAUAUUUAAAAAUAACAAGAUGUAAUUUGUAGAAUAUAUAUACGUAGAAACUGUGGAUGAUGGCCUCUAUACUAGAUCUUUGAUGAGGCCCAAAAAAUUAUCCACAUAAACAAAACAAAAAAGAAAACAUUUAUAUAUAACUUGAAACAAUAAAGUCACAUAGGAAGAUAUUUUUUCUUUGAAAC